AUGGCGGUGGGCGCCAACUGGCGAGUCUGCCAUACAAAGUGGGCCACCCAGAUUCGCCCCCUAACCGGGCAGGAAGGGGACUUGGGCGUUUUCACGGACCGGUCCACCACCUCGCCGGCGCCCCCUCGCCAUCGCCCCCGCGACCCCCGCGACCCCCGCGACCCCCCGCGACCCCCGACGUCCCCCUGGGGUCCUCGUCGCCGGCCCCAGCGCCAACUGGCGAGUGUCCGGGGGCGCCCCUCCCACGGCCCCGGGGCCAACCGCUGCCGACGGCGACAUCACCGCCGCGGCCCGGCUGUCUGGGAGCCGAUGGGGGCCGCGGCCGGACCGGAGGGGUCCCCCGAUGGGUAUAUAUUUCCCGGUCCACCCGACACCACCCACCCGAACCCCUUUCCCCGGCACCAUGGCAACGUCCCCGGCGCACCCCAGGCCCCUCCCUCGCCGUCUCCUCCC